AUGAGCCAAUCUCAUUUUUGGUCGUCCUCAAGUGCCCAUUUUCAAUUAGAGUCUCUACGCUUUUCGAGUGUUCACUCGACGCAGCAGCUCGUGCGUAUUCCGAUCAACUUGCGAGGUCCAUUGGAAGCCAUCAAGUUGCCGAGUCUGGAUCAAGAUUCUGAAAACGCGUCAAAUUCCAAAGGCAAGAAGUCAAAGAAAACAAAACCGGUUCCCGUUUUUAGUGACCGUGGAGCCAAACCUGAAGAGGGUGAGUUCACCUCUUUUUACAAAGGUCUGAAGGACACGGUUGACCAGUUCCCUGUGGAUGAGUAUGUGGUGUUGAUCCAGGUCGGAUCGUUUUACGAGCUGUAUUUCCAGCAAGCAGAGACCCAUGCGACACGUCUUGGACUCACGCUCACCAAAAAGGCUCUGAAACAGAAGAACGUCCCAUUUGCCGGAUUCCCUGAUAUCAAGCUCGACAAGUAUCUUCAAAUGGUGUUCAAAAAUGGCCUCAAAGCUGUCGUGUGCGACCAGCAGCCCACAGCACAUAACAUCAUCACGCGACCAGUCACCCGUCUUCUGACACCAGGAACCAUCGUCGACGAAGAACUAAGAGAUUACCACAGAACAAACUAUUUGCUUUCGGUGCAAUUUCCGUCUGACCCGUUCAAAGUCGACCCUACCAGCCAGAAAAUCGGUCUUUGCUGGGUCGACGUUGGUUUGAGCGAGUUCAACGUUCUGGAGACAACCCUGUCGGAUCUGAUGGCCAACAUUACCCGAAUCAACCCGAAGGAGAUUCUUGUCAACGACGAUAUUGACCUGGACUUACUGGUUUCUGGUAAAUGGUUUCCGGAACUUGCAGAGAUGAAACACUUUUAUCUCAGCAGAUACUCUCUUCCGACAAAUAAUCUCUCGUUGCAUGAUUUCAUUGACAGGUUUUCCGACAACAGACGACUCGUGGUUAGUUUGUUGGACAAUCUGAGCCAAAAGGAAGCAAGUGCUGCCAAACUUGUGCUCAACUAUUUGCACAAAUGUCUGCCGUACUACAAGCUGAAUUUUGGGCUGCCAACCCGCUCGCUUCCAAACACCCUUAUGCACAUCGACCCCCGUGCAGCCCAGGACCUCGAACUCACAGAGACCAUUGUUGGUGGGUUCAGAACCGGGGCAUUGGCCUCUAUUGUCGAUAAAACGUGCACGGUCCAAGGCUCGCGUUUGCUCAACACCUGGCUGCUUGCUCCAUCCACCGACGUGGACGAAAUCAGACGCCGUCAACGGUACGUUGAGAGGUUCAUUGGAAACCGUGGCUUUGUAGAGGAAUUGACUCAGCUUCUGCGCAAAACCACAGACCUGAGUCGUAUCGUUCGUCGUACCGAUAAUCGUCGAGCAGAAAUGGGCGAGUACCUCGAGCUUGGUCACACGAUUCUCAUCAUCAACGAGAUUUUACAGAUGGUGAAAGAGUCGCCCGAUAAAAAACUGGUCAAGAGUCUGCUUCCUCUGUUUAAAGAAUUUGAAGCGUCUCAGCAUCUGGUGACGCUCGCCAAUGAGAUUACUGACGCCAUCAAUCCGCAAACGCUCACAAUCAAAAUGGAUACCAUCAAGAGUGAAACAGAAGUGCUUAGAAAGAUUUGGUCCAUGAACCCGACAGCCUCUGCUAAAAUGGUCAAGCUACGUGCACAUUACGAUCUUUUGGAACAGCAAUUCCACACACUCUGUAGCGAGCUGUCGGCAGAAUUCGAGAAGAACGGGUUCCCUGGUUCUUUCUCUUUGGUAAGAGAUUUGCAGAUGGACGAGUUCAUUAUUGACGUUCGAACGUCCAGGAAAACAUUUAAUGACGUUAUCGAGAAUAUGCCGUUGACGUUGCGGGAUCGCAACAAGUCGAGUGCCAAGCUGUGGUCCUCGGAAUGGCAGGAGUUGGGGAUACAGCUGGUAGCUGCGGAAGCAGAGAUCUUGAGAGAGGAAGAGAGAGUUACGACGAUGAUCAGGGACCAGAUUCUCUCGUUCUCCAAAGAGAUCCGAUUGGUGGCUCCAAUCAUUGAGUUUCUCGAUGUUUGCGUGUCGUUCUACAGAUUGGCUACCGAGAAAGGACUGGUUCGUCCUGUGGUUGACAAGAGCACCACGUUCGCAAUAGAGGGUGGAAGACAUCUGGUUGUUGAAGAAGGUUUGAAAGGACGGGUUGCAGGGGUGGAGAACUUCACAGCAAACGACUGCAGCCUUCGGUCGGGAGAAGGGUGGGUGAUCACAGGCCCCAACAUGGGUGGAAAGAGCACUUUUUUGCGUCAGAACGCACUUAUCGCCAUUCUGGCCCAGAUUGGGUCCUUUGUCCCUGCUAAAAGUGCACACAUCGGAGUCAUAGAUAAGGUCUUCACCAGGGUUGGAGCUUCCGAUAAUAUUUACCGGAACCAGUCGUCAUUUAUGGUGGAAAUGAAUGAGACUGCCAUUAUCCUCAGAGACUCUACUGAACGCUCAAUGGCCAUUGUUGAUGAGCUGGGACGUGGAACUUCGUCAACAGAAGGAAUAUCCAUUGCAUUUGCAUCGUUGUCGCAUCUGAUGAAGAAAAAGAAGUGCAAAGUUCUGUUUGCAACGCAUUACGGUCCAGAGAUCUGCGGCUUCAUCAAGGAGGACAAGCAGCUAGACGAUAACGUUUCUUUCUAUCAAACGAGUCUGAGCGAGGUCCAGGAAGGAAAUUUGCCUGUUGACGAGAAGCUGGUGUACGACCACAAGCUGAUGCCUGCUGCUGCUGCACUGGUUGCACUUGUUGGUAAGGGUAGUAUCCCGGAUACUGCUGGUACUGAGGAUACUGCUGGUAUUGCUGGUAUUGCUGAUACUGGGGGUAGUAUGCCUGCUGUGGAGGAUAGUACUGCUGGGGAUACACCUGUGGAACUUGUGGAACUUGUGGAACUUGUGGGACUUGUGGAACCUGUUGGAACUGCUGGGGAGUCAACUGUUGCACUGGCUGAACUGGCUGAACUGGCUGAACUGGCUGAACUGGUUGCACCGGCUGUGCAGGAGCAACCUGGGGCGACGAGCGCUAACGGUGACUGGACCUGGCCAAAGGUCUCAAAAAGCGGUCCGAGUAUCGAACGAUCCUCAAAACACAGAAUAGACCCGUCCUUAAGCACACGGAUCUCUCCAGAGACUCUGGCCUUCACAACCACGCUCUUCUCCACCACCGCACUGAUCUCUCCAAUAUAUUCAAUUGGCGCAUCUUCAGGGAUCACAAAGUCCUCUGGUAGCUCAACACCUUCCUCGUCCAUCUCGUUUUUGGAUCUAAUUGGCUCUGCAGAUAUAUCACUCUCAUUAUCAGAAACUCCAACAUCCUCUGAUUCUUCUUCCGAUGAUGAGUCUGACGACGAGUCAGACUGGGAUUCAGAGCUGGAUUCAUCUUCAGAGCUCGAAUCAGAGUCGUUGUCUCUAUCUGACUCUGCAAUCUCUUGA